UUAAUGGGCUCCUUAUGGUGUCCUCUCCAUCCCAAGUUUCAUGCUUUUCAACAGUCGACCGUUGGAAAUCCAGAGAGGGAAAGUUGAGAGAGAAAGCUAGAGAGAGAGAGAGCAGAGAGAAGAAGCUCAGUCAUUAGGAUGGUUGCUCUGAGGAGGAGCAGAACCCAGGCGUCCUCUGCUUCCAAUGAAAAAAAGCCUAACGAAAAUGCAGAAAUGUUGAGUGAGAGUGAGAAGAAGAUGGUGGGUUACGAGCAGUUGAGACUUGAGAGGAUCAAAAUGAACUUGGAGAGAAUGCAGCAGUUUGGCAUUACCAAUCUUUCCAUUGAACUUUCUUCUCCUGCAAAAUCAUUGAAACGCAAGGCCAGAGACACACCCGAAAAGAAAAUGCCGACUAGGCCUUUAAACCCUAGGCGCUCUUCCAGAUUGCAGAAUGUUGCCCGAGCUAAUUAUGUGGAGAUCCGAAGAAACAAAUCUCAAGAGUCGAAAACUGUAGAAGUCUCGGAUUCUGAUCAUUUAAUGCCUGAGAUAUAUACUGACGAAGAUGAGAAGCGAUUGGGAUCUUGUGAGAGUGGCUGGGUUCUCUUCCGAGAUGGUUAUGGGAAGGAUGGAAGGCGUAUAUAUGACCCUGUAAAAGGAAAAACAUGCCAUCAGUGCAGGCAAAAAACUCUUGGACAUCGUACUAGCUGCAGCAAGUGCAAAAUAAUUCAAGGGCAGUUUUGUGGUGAUUGCUUAUACAUGAGGUAUGGUGAAAAUUUGCUCGAGGCCAUUAAGAAACCUGACUGGAUUUGCCCUGUCUGUCGAGGGAUUUGCAACUGUAGCGUAUGCCGACUAAAGAAAGGAUGGCCUCCAACUGGUGCUCUCUAUAGGAAGAUUAAGAGUCUUGGAUUCACAUCAGUUGCACAGUAUCUCAUCAAAACUAGGAGAUCUAUUAAUGACUCAGAAAACCCAGUUCCAGAAGAUAAAAAGGAAGAGGAUUUGUCACCUUCUAACAAAGUAUAUGAGGAAGAGGAUUUACCUCCUCAGCCAAGCGCAAGGAGGUCUCUCUCAUUAUCAGAUACCCACCAUGCAUCACUGGAGAAAAAUACAUCCAUUACAAACUCAGAAUUUGAUCUUGGACAAGAGGGGGAAGUGCUUAUAUCUGAAAAUAACCCACGGAUCGACUCAAAUGUGAACACUAGUAAUGGAGAAGAGGGGGAAUUGCUGAUAUCUGAUUUAUUUAAGAACAAGAAAGCUGACCAAGAGAGCAUUGCUAGACUGAGAACGAGGUUUAAUCUGGCCUAAUUGAUCCCGUUCUGUGACUGGGCCUACACUUUCAUGUAAUGGGGGUGAUUUUGAAACUUUGACCUUUUGCAAACUUGGUAUCACCGAAGGCAUGGAGCUGGACUAGGUGCAAAUUUUGACUAUGGAAAUCCUAGUGUUUUGGUUUUGAAAACUGAUCUAAAGAAGGAUGAAGAGACUCAUCCCAUGAGAUGAAAGUGGAAGAGCAGCAUUCAUAUGAUCAGUUCGCAACUGUACAAUUCUGAAAAACUUUCUUCACUUGUACAUAUUUUUGUCUGACUGUCUCAUCUUAGAAUUAGAUGAGAUGUGCUGAUUA